AUGGCGAAGCGCUUCUCUACCGCCGAUGUCGCGUCGCACAAGACUGCGAACGACCUGUGGAUCAUUGUAGACGAGGAUGUCUACGAUCUUACCAAGUUCCAGGAUGACCACCCUGGCGGCAAAAAGAUCCUCCAGCGAGUAGCUGGCAAGGAUGCUUCAAAGCAGUUUUGGAAGUACCACAACGAGAGCAUUCUGAAGAAGUACCAGAAGCAGCUGCUAGUCGGAUCACUCGACACCAAGGCUGCUCCUCCAGCUCCUCCCGCGGCUGCUGCUCCAGAGAAGGAGAUUGUUAAGCCAGAGGCAAAUCCCGGAGUCGUUGCACCUCAGCCAACUCAAGCUGCGGAGGAGUCGGAGCCUUUCGACUCCUAUGGUGACCUCGUCCCAUAUGCGGACCCUUCGUGGUAUCAAACUUAUCACUCUCCCUACUACAACGAGACGCACGCCGCCUUACGCGCAGAAGUCCGCGACUGGGUUGAGGAGAAGCUCAUGCCAUACGUCACAGAGUGGGAUGAAGCAAAGAAGGUACCAGAUGAGAUUUUCCUCGAAAUGGGAGCACGAGGAUACCUCGCUGGUAUGCUGGGCGUCAAGUACCCUACACAAUACACCGACCUGAGGGUCAACAGCGUACCACCAGAGAAGUGGGAUCACUUCCAUGAGAUGAUCAUCACCGAUGAAAUAUCAAGGACGGGCAGUGGUGGUCUCGUCUGGGGCUUGAUCGGUGGAUACGGAAUCGGCGGACCGCCUCUGUUCAAGUUUGGCAAGAAAGAGCUUGUCCAGCGCAUUGGUCCCGAUCUACUUAGCGGAAAGAAGAGGAUCUGUUUGGCAAUCACCGAGCCAGAUGCCGGCAGUGAUGUCGCGAACCUGACCUGUGAAGCUAAGCUCUCCGAGGAUGGCAAACAUUACAUUGUCAACGGUGAGAAGAAAUGGAUCACAAACGGUAUUUGGUCCGACUACUUCACCACCGCUGUUCGUACUGGCGGCGAGGGCAUGAACGGUAUUUCAGUCCUUUUGAUUGAGCGCAGCGCAGGUGGUGUUUCUACGCGUAAGAUGGACUGCCAGGGUGUGUGGAGCAGUGGUACCACCUACAUUACCUUUGAAGAUGUCAAGGUCCCUGUCGAGAACCUCAUCGGAAAGGAAAACCAGGGUUUCAAGGUCGUCAUGACCAACUUCAACCACGAGCGUAUCGGCAUCAUCAUUCAAUGUCUCCGCUUCUCUCGUGUAUGCUACGAAGAGAGCAUGAAGUACGCACACAAGCGCAAGACCUUCGGCAAGCGUCUCAUUGACCACCCCGUCAUCCGUCUCAAGCUCGCGCACAUGGCUCGUCAGAUUGAGGCCAGUUACAACUGGAUGGAGAACCUCAUCUACCAGUGCGAGAAGAUGGACGACAUGGAGGCUAUGCUCAAGCUUGGAGGUGCUAUUGCCAGUUUGAAGGCCCAGAGCACAACAACAUUUGAGUUCUGUGCCAGGGAAGCAAGUCAAAUCUUUGGUGGCUUGAGUUAUAGCAGAGGCGGACAGGGCGCCAAGGUCGAAAGGCUAUACAGGGAUGUCAGGGCAUAUGCUAUUCCAGGUGGUAGUGAGGAGAUUAUGCUUGACUUGAGCAUCAGGCAAGCUUUGAGGGUACACAAGGUCCUGGGCAUGAAGCUGUAA